UCUGCCCUGGGCCCUCGACCGCAAUUAUGUCCCAAGGCAUGAACAUCGCCGAGCCCGUCUCGUCGACCAUUUCCGGCGUCGAGUUCGGUUUCCUCACCCCAGAGGAAAUUAGAGCUCUUUCCGUCAAGAGAAUCAACAACCCGACCACCUUCGAUACCCUCCUGCACCCUACGCCUGGUGGUCUCUACGACUCUGCGCUCGGCGCCUUCCUCGACAAUGCCUGCUCGACAUGCAACCUCAACGCCUUCAACUGCCCUGGUCACUGCGGCCACAUCGAACUGCCCGUUCCCGUAUACCACCCUACUUUUAUGGACCAAUUGCUUCGCCUUAUCCGCGCGCAGUGCAUGUACUGCCACCACCUUAAGAUGUCCAAGGUGCAGGUCAACCGAUUCGUCUGCAAGCUUCGCCUGGUCAGGUACGGUUUGCUGAAGGAGGCACAAGACUUGGAAGACAUUGAAGUUCCCAAGAGCUCGAAGACUGCCUCCAAGGAGGAGGGCGAGGAUGUGGACUCGGAUGCUGGUAGUGACGCGGAGAAGGACGACGUGAUUGCCAAGCGCGAGGCAUUCGUGAAACGCGCCAUCAAGGCUGCCGGCGGCCGCAAGAAGUCGGAAUGGUCCACGGAGAAAACCGAGGCGGUUGCCGAGGAGCGGAGAUACAUAAUCAAGGAGUUUUUGACAGACAUCAACAAGGGUAAGAAGUGCCAGAAGUGUGGCGGUAUCAGCCCAACUUUCCGGAAGGAUCGCUAUGUCAAGAUUUUCAAGAAGGGUUUGAAUGCCAAGGACAAGGCCAUCAUGAUCCAGCAGGGCAAGAAGGUGGAGAACCCUAUUGUGGAGGAGAUGUCCAGGCGAAGGGCAGCUGAGCGUGCGAGCCAGAAAGGCAAGUCGGACCGCAUGGAGAUCGACGAGGGUGUUGCGGAUCUGGAGGCCGCGAUAGGAGGUGAGCGCUCCGAUGACGAGUCGCUUGACCCGGAUGAGGAGAUUGCGGACGGUACUGCGGUGGCAGCCGAGGCGGCCAUGGCCCAGACCAAGAAGGCCAAGAAAGAUUCUGAUGGCCAGACGUACAUGAGCGCUGCCGAGGUGCUUACGAGUUUGGAGUGGCUGUUCGAGAAGGAACAGGAGAUCUUCAGCCACGUCUACGGUCCACGGACGCGCUCCAAGCAGGGUGGAAAAGUCAGCGCCAGCAUGUUCUUCAUCAAGACGUUGAUCGUUCCUCCCAACAAGUACCGACCCGAAGCGAAGACCGGGGCGGAUGAGAUUGCUGAGGCCCAGCGCAACACUCUGUACAAGAACAUCUUGAGUGCCUGCGAUGUCGUGAACCAGAUUGUCCAGGAGAUCAAGGGUGUCGCAACGAAUGACCGGAGACUGAGGACCUACGAUGACCUCCAGACCGCAUGGGUGGCUUUGCAAGAUGGCGUCAACUCGCUCAUCGACCGUGAUAGAAAUCCUGUUCAGGGCGCCGCAGGGAAGAAGAACGAGGACGGUAUCAAGCAGAAGCUCGAGAAGAAGGAGGGUCUGUUCCGUAAAAACAUGAUGGGUAAGCGUGUCAACUUUGCUGCUCGUUCAGUUAUUUCUCCGGAUCCCAAUAUCGAGACGAACGAGAUUGGUGUCCCGCCUGUCUUCGCCAUGAAGCUCACCUACCCUGAACCGGUCACCAACCACAACUUCUACGAGUUGAAAGAGGCUGUUCUGAACGGCCCGAACAAGUGGCCCGGUGCGGCGGCGAUUGAAAACGAGAAUGGCCAGGUCAUAAACCUCAACCUGAAGAACUACGAGGAACGGCAGGCGCUGGCAAACCAGUUGCUUGCUCCUUCGAACACUAGCGUCAACGGCGCGAGGAACAAGAAGGUCCAUCGCCAUCUCAACAACGGUGACGUUGUCAUCAUGAACAGACAGCCGACACUGCACAAGCCGUCUAUGAUGGCUCACCGCGCCAGAGUUCUGCCGGGCGAGAAGACCAUUCGUAUGCACUACGCCAACUGUAACACCUACAACGCCGACUUCGAUGGUGACGAGAUGAACAUGCACUUCCCGCAGAACGAGGUUGCCCGUGCAGAGGCGGCGACCAUCGCCGAUACCGACCACCAGUACCUUUCCGCCACUGCGGGUGCACCUCUUCGUGGUCUUAUUCAAGAUCACAUCUCCAUGGGUGUCUCCCUCACGAACAAGGAUACAUUCUUCACCCGUGAAGACUACCACCAGCUGUUGUAUGCUUGCUUGAGGCCGGAAGACAACCACACGACCUCGGGCAGGCUUCUUACCGUUCCUCCCGCGUUUUUGAAACCAAGGCCACUAUGGACGGGAAAGCAGCUCAUCACGUCAGUGCUGAAGAACAUCAAGCCGGAAGGACAUGGCGGUCUAACCUUGUCCUCAAAGUCACAGACUGCGGCAGACAGGUGGGGCAAGGGCUCCGAGGAACAAAACGUCAUCUUCCAGAACGGCGAGCUUCUUUGCGGUAUUAUGGACAAGAAGCAAAUCGGACCUGCCAGCGGUGGUUUUGUCAAUGCUGUUUACGAGGCCUACGGUCACACCGUUGCUGGACGUUUGCUGAGUGCGUUGGGUCGACUCCUCACCAAGUUGCUGCACAUGCGGGCCUUCUCUUGUGGUGUGGAAGAUCUGGUCCUUACUCCGGAGGGUGAGGAGCUUAGGAAGGAGAAGCUAAAGGGUGCCGAGACUGUUGGUCUCGAGGUCGCCUCUAAGUACGUUUCUCUGAACAACCAGAAGAUCGACUCCAGCAAUCCUGAGCUGCUCAAGCGUCUGGAGGCUGUCCUUCGUGAUGACGCAAAGCAGCACGGUCUGGAUCAACUCCAAAACCAGCGGACUGCCCAACUCUCUUCCGGCGUUACUACUGCCUGUCUUCCGGACGGUCUCAUCAAGCCAUUCCCCAAGAACCAGAUGCAGGCCAUGACUGGUUCCGGUGCCAAGGGUUCGCAGGUCAACGCCAACCUCAUUUCCUGCAACUUGGGUCAGCAAGUCCUGGAAGGUCGGCGUGUGCCGACCAUGGUUAGCGGAAAGACGCUGCCUUGCUUCAAGCCUUUCGAGUCCAGUGUUAGGGCAGGUGGUUACAUUGUCGACCGUUUCUUGACUGGUAUCCGUCCUCAGGAGUACUACUUCCACGCCAUGGCUGGUCGUGAAGGUCUGAUUGAUACCGCUGUCAAGACUUCGCGUUCCGGUUACCUGCAACGUUGUCUGAUCAAGGGCAUGGAGGGUCUCCGGGUCGAGUAUGACACCUCCGUCCGUGACUCUGAUGGCAGUAUCGUUCAGUUCCUGUACGGUGAAGAUGGCUUGGACCCGACCAAAGAGAAGUAUCUCAACGACUUCAAGUUCACGGCCGAAAACUUCACCUCUAUCUUCAACUCGCUUGGCAUCAAGGGCCAGUUUACCAAGCUCAUGAGCGAUGAGGCGACUGAGUGGAACAAAUCUGCUGUCAAGAAGUACAAGAAGACCGGCGAUCUGGGCUGCAUGGAUCCUGCUAUCUCGAAGUUCACUCCUGGCAGAUUUGCUGGCAGCACUUCAGAGAACUUCUACGCCGCUAGGAAGAAGUACACCGAUGAUAACCCGGACAAGCUUAUCAAGGAUAAGAAGCAAGGUAUCGACGGUCUUGCGCGCAAGACGUUCGACGCCGCUCUUGACGCCAAGUACCUCAAGUCCAUCGUCGAGCCUGGUGAGGCCGUCGGUGUCGUUGCCGGCCAGUCUGUCGGUGAACCUUCCACCCAGAUGACGCUGAACACUUUCCAUUUGGCUGGUCACUCGGCGAAGAACGUCACGCUUGGUAUCCCUCGUCUGCGUGAAAUUGUCAUGACCGCCAGCGCGCACAUCUCGACGCCCUCUAUGCUUCUCUUCCUCAACCCUGAGAUCUCGAAGGCGGACGGUGAACGCUUUGCCAAGGGUAUCAGCAGGCUCUCCCUUGCUGAGAUUGUUGACAAGGCGACCGUCACUGAGACACUGGGACGGGGCGUUGCCUAUGCUAACGCCAAGACUUACAAGGUCCGUCUUGAUUUCUUCCCCGCCGAGGAGUACUGCCAGGAGUACGCCAUCACGGUCAACGAUGUCCUCCGCUCCAUCGAGAUCAAGCUCCUUCGCUUGUUGCAGAAGAGCAUCCGGGCAGAGCUCAAGAAGAAGGGCGACGAGAAGUCUCUCAAGGCUGCUGCCAAGUCCGAUGCCAUCCCUGACAUUGGAACCGCCGUCCGCACAGUCGAACCGCAGCCGUCGCGGGCUGAGGGCGAGAAGGAGGGUGGCAAUGAUGAUGAUGACGAUGAUGACGACGAUGAUGAUGGCGAUGCUACCAACACCAAGCAGAAGGCCAACCGCUCCGAAAACGCCUCCUACGAGAAGCCAGACGAUGAGGAGGAGGCCAUUGCCGCGCAGGGCCGCGCCCGCGAUACCACUCCGGACCCUAUGUUGGAGGACGAGGCUUACGGCGGCAGCCCCAGCACGUCUGAAGACGAUGAUUCUGAUGCGGAAGAGGCGGCGGUCAGGAAGAACAAGUCGGCAGCCGAGCGCGAGCAGCGCAUCAAGGAGAAGCUGCAGGACGUUGUGUCGUUCAAGUUCGACGACAAGGCGGGCAGCUGGUGCGAGUUUGCGUUCGAGUACGACGCCAACACCGCCAAGCUGCUGAUGCUGCACCUGGUGGAGACUGCGUGUCGCGAAGCCGUCAUCCAGGCCAUCCCCGGUCUGUCGGGCUGUCUGGCGACGACGGAGAAGGUGGGCAAGGAAGAGGUGCCCGUGGUCAUGACCGAGGGUAUCAACCUGCUGGCGAUGCGCGACUACCAGGACGUCAUCAACCCGAACAGGAUCUUCACCAACGAUAUUGCGGCGAUGCUGCGCCUGUACGGCGUGGAGGCGUGCCGAGCCAACAUUGUACGCGAGAUGGCGGCCGUCUUCGGCGGUCACGGCAUCAGCGUCGACAACCGGCACUUGAACCUGAUUGCGGACACGAUGACGCGCGGGGGCGGCUACACGGCGUUCAACCGGAUGGGGCUCAAGAGCAAUGUCAGCCCGUUUAUGAAGAUGAGCUUCGAGACGACGGUGGGCUUCCUCAAGGACGCGGUGCUCGAGGAGGAUUCGGACUCGUUGGAGAACCCGUCGGCGCGGAUUGUGGUGGGCAAGAUGAGCAAGGUGGGUACGGGGGCGUUUGAUGUGCUGAUGCCGGUUGCGUGAGGGGGUGAGUGAGUAAGUGAGUGAGUGGGGUGGUGGAGAGAGAGGGGGCCGAAAGUGGAAAAAGUGAUUUGGGUAAUUGAGAAAUGUGUGUUGUAGAAUGCGGCGCUAUCGGUGUUGGGGGCUGGGUGGAGUGUAGGUUGACGCGGGUACCUAAGAAGACGACGAAAUGGUUUAUUGAUAGUAGUUUGUUUGUUUUCAGUUCAAUGGGAGCGCGGUUGCAUUUGCUUGCACUGGUUGAUUGAGUUGAGUUGAGUUGAGUUGAAUUCAUUUACCCUGACCCAUCGCCCUAAGCGAUAUGCAGGCU